AUUCGGUGGUGUGCGUCCAUGGUCCUAGGCUACCAUCGAUUUCCGGAGCGGUGCACUCUGGGUAGCUACAUUAAAGGAAUGAGACCAAUAACUUCGAUUUCCGUCCACACUAACCCUAAAUCGAUAUAGUAAUAUCGAUUUUAGGGUUACUCCUCUCGUUGGGGAGGAGUACAGAAAUCGAUUUUAAGAGCCCUUAAAAUCGAUUUAAAGUGCCUUGUAGUGUGGACGGGUACAGAGUUAAAUCGAUUUAACACUGUUUAAAUCGAUUUAACUGUGUAGUGUGGACCAGGCCUUAGGCUGAAAUGCUCGCUGGGCAUUUGUUCCUCAUCCAGAACUCCUUACUGAAGUCAGUGGGUUUAGAAAGGAAUGCAAGACUGGUUGCUUUGGUGAGAGCUUGUGAGCUAAGUGGGUGAAAAGUGGUCAUUAAGCUUUUGCACACCCUUGUCCCCUGAAAUUCGGGAAAUAAAUUUACUGUCUAAUUCUUUAGUGAAUCAGAAAUGAUAUUUGAAUACACAAUCUUGGUUGUCAGUUCCUUAAAAUUUCUGAGAUAUAAUGUUAGACAUUAUGCUCAAACUGUUAAAUGGCUUCACAAAAAUGGGGCUACUGUCAAAUCAUGUGGUUGCCCUCUUGAUCCUCUUUCCUGAUUGAUUUGUUUUUAAAGGUAUGUCUACAGGUGACCCGGGCUGGCGGGGCUCAGGCUGAGAGGCUGAAAAAUUGCUGUGUAGACAUUUGGGCUUGGGCUAGAGUCUGAUCUCUGGGUCCUUGUGAGCAAUCUGUAUCCAACCUAUCAGUCCUCAUUCUCAAAGGAAAUCUCCACAACACUUUCAAAAGAUGAGCCUGGGAAGUUAAAUUCAUAACUUCGCUAGACUAAAAAUCAUGGUCUUAAAGACACUGGAUUUAUGGCUUAUUACAACAAUCUGUAACCCACUAACCCCCCCUUUUUGUCCUAUGACUACCAGGGUGUUAAUAGGCCUCUGCCUUGAAUUGUCCUUUAAAAUUUGUGCUAAUGACUUACACUAAAAUAUCUGUUCCAUCUUGUAUUUAUCUGUGACACUUUUCCCAGACCUGAGGAAGAGCUCUGUGUAGCUUGAAAGCUUCUCUCUCUCUUCAACAGAGCUUGAUCCAGUAAAAGAUAUCUCGCCCACAUUGUCUCACUGCUAUCGUGGGACCAACGCGGCUACAACAACACUGCAUAUAACUCUAAAUAGACAUUUAAUCAGGAGUUGACUUCAACUGGUUCUAGAUGUGUAGGUUCUUUGUUUAAAAAAAAAAUUGGGGCUGUCAAGCAAUUAAAAAAAUUAAUCGCAAUUAAUUGCACAAUUAAAAAAAUAAUUGAAAUUAAUUGCACUGUUAAUAAUAGAAUGCCAUUUAUUUAAAUAUUUGUGGAUGUUUUCUACAUUUUCAAAUAUAUUGAUUUCAGUUACAACGCAGAAUACAAAGUGUACAAUGCUCACUUUAUAUUUAAUUUUGAUUACAGUAAUUGAACUGUAAAAAAAAAUAGUAUUUUUCAAUUCACCUAAUGCUAGUACUGUAGUGCAAUCUCUAUCAUGAAAGUUGAACGUACAAAUGUAGAAUUGUGUACAAAAAGAGCAUUCAAAAAUAAAACAAUAUAAAAUUUUAGAGCCUACAAGUUCACUCAGUCCUAUUUCUUGUUCAACCAAUCGCUCAGACAUACAAGUUUGUUUACAUUUGCAGGAGAUAAUUGUGCCUGCUUCAUGUUUACAGUGUCACCUGAAAGAGAACGGACUUUCUCAUGGCACUGUUCUAAACAGUGUUGCAUGAUAUUUACGUGCCAGAUGCGCAAAAGAUUCAUGUGUCCCUUCAUGCUUCAGCCACCAUUCCAGGGAACAUGCAUCCAUGCUGAUGACGGGUUCUGCUCAAUAACAGUCCAGAGCAGUGCGGACUGACGCAUGUUCAUUUUUAUUAUCCGAGUAGUUGCCACCAGCAGAAGUUUGAUUUUCUUUUUUGGUGACUCAGGUUCUAUAGUUUCAAUGUCAGAGUGUUGCUCUUUUAAGACAUCUGAAAGCAUGCUCCAUUCCUCUUCCCGCUCAGAUUUUGGAAGGCACUUCAGAUUCUUAAACCUUGGGUCGAGUGCUAUAGCUGUCCUUAGAAAUCUCACAUUGGUACCUUCUUUGCAUUUUGCCAGAUCUGCAGUGAAAGUAUUCUUAAACUGAACAACAUGUGCUGGGUCAUCAUCUGAGACUGCUGUAACAUGAAAUAUAUGGCAGAAUGUGGGUAAAACAGAGCAGGGGACAUACAAUUCUCCUCCAAGGAGUUCAGUUACAAAUUUAAUUAACGCAUUUUUUUUUUAACAAGCAUCAUCAAUUCUGGAAUGGUGGCUGAAGCAUGAGGGGGCAUACGAAUGUUUAACGUGUCUGGCACAUAAAUACCUUGCAGUGCCGGCUACAGAAGUGCCAUGCAAAUGCCUCUUCUCACUUUCUGGUAACAAAAAAAAAAUCUGUAACAAAAAAAAUCUGCAUUUGUACGUUGCACUUUCAUGACAAAAGAGAUUUCACUUCAGCACUUGUAUGAGGUGAAUUGAAAAAUACUAUUUCUUUUGUGUAUCAUUUUUACAGUGCAAAUAUUUAUAAUAAAAAAUAACAUACACUUUGAUUUCAAUUACAACACAGAAUACAAUAUAUAUGAAAAGUGUAGAAAAACAUCCAAAAUAUUUAAUAAAUGUCAGUUGGUAUUCUAUUGUUUAACAGUGCGAUUAAAACAGAUUAAUUUUAUUAUUUGUGAUUAAUUUUUUUAGUUAAUUGCAUGAGUUAACUGCGAUUAAUCGACAGCCCUAAAAAUUUAGUUUGCAUCCUUAGGAUUUCAUUCUGCAAAGUAGUGAGCACCUCUAAGGCUAGACAAUAAUAACCAAAUUCAGCCUUGAUGUCAGUAAAUGAAACUCCCAGUGAAGUCAGUAUUGCGUUUGCUUAUGCCAGGGCUAAAUUUGACCGGCGUGUGUGUGCGUGCGCGCACUCUUUCCACCACCCCCUAUCCUCCUUCCUCUGCUGCUCCAUAGGCUUUUUUUUCUAUUCCAUUUACUCUCCACUGAAGUUAAUGGAGUUUUCCAAGGACUGUAUCUGGUAAGUAUUUCAUCAGUGGUUUUAAUGUGCAGUCCUGAAUGUAUAGUAAUCUAAACUGACUAAUCCAGUGCAGGAGAGCAGAACUGCAGAAAUACUUAACUUCAGGCACAGUCUCUCAAAAGCACCAUUCAGUGGGAAGAUGCGGCUAUAGGGUAAAAACCUUUUCAAACAUUGGGCAAGGAAGGAGAAGAGUCUGAGAUUCAGACUGUCUGUCACUUUAGGAAACAAGUUGUACUGUAAUGGAUUAAGCUUGUGAGUUUCUCUGAGUUUUCCUAUAAGUAAAACCUUGCUACAUAUUUCUACAGUUUAGCAGACAAAAUUCUGCCUUUAGUCGCGUCCUCCAGAAUUCUGUUUGGCUCAAUAUGUUCGCAUCAGAAUGUGGAAAAACUCUAAAAACCUUGUUAUGGUUCAUAUUAUUUGUCCUUACACGUAUUAAAUAAUUAUCAAAUUACUUGUUCAGCUCUGCAUGCAUCCCAACUGUUGCUUUUAUAUUGUAGAUCAAAACAAUGUAAAGUUUGUUUACUUUUUAUUCAUUUAAGAACAUAAGAGUGGCCAUACGAGGUCAGACUAAAGGUCCAUCCAGUCCAGUAUCCUGUCUGCCAAGAGUGGCCAAUACCAGGUGCCCCAGAGGGAGUGAACCUAACAGAUGUUUAAAUGCUGAAGCAGGGCAGGAGACUGUGCCUCUAAGGAGCAGCCCAAUUCAGAAGACAGCAGAAUCAGGGAAACACCGAAGAUGAUGGAUGGAUGCAGUGCGACAGGACGGCCAGAUUCCUCAGAUGGAGACAGGACCUCCAGAUGAACGUCUUCUCAGGAAUCUUUGCUUAUCUGAACUACAGAGUACCUCGGACCCGGAAGGAGAUAUUUGAGACUCUGAUAAAAGGGCUACAGAGAUUAGAAUACAGAGGCUAUGAUUCUGCUGGUAUUGCCAUUGAUGGAAAUAAUAACGAAGAUAAAGAAAGGUACAUCAGACUAAUCAAGAAAAGAGGAAAAGUGAAGGCACUAGAUGAGGAAUUAUACAAACAAGAUGGCAUGGACUUAAAGGCAGAUUUUGAAACACAUUUUGGAAUUGCUCACACUCGCUGGGCAACCCAUGGAGUGCCCAAUGCAGUGAAUAGUCACCCUCAGAGAUCAGAUAAAAGGAAUGAGUUUGUAGUUAUCCAUAAUGGAAUCAUCACAAACUAUAAGGACCUGAGGAAAUUUCUGGAGACCAAAGGCUAUGAGUUUGAAUCUGAAACUGACACGGAAACCAUCCCAAAGCUGGUCAAAUACAUGUAUGAUAACAGAGAGACUGAAGAUAUCAGCUUUUCAGCCUUGGUAGAGAGAGUUAUUCAACAACUGGAAGGUGCUUUUGCAUUGGUUUUCAAGAGCAUCCAUUACCCAGGUGAAGCUGUUGCCACCAGGCGAGGGAGUCCUCUGCUCAUUGGAGUUCGCAGCAAAUACAAGCUUUCCACUGAACAGAUUCCUAUCUUGUAUAGGACAUGCAACAUUGAGAAUGUGAAGAACAUAUGCAAGGCGCGAAUGAAAAGACUGGAUAGUUCUACCUGCCUUCAUGCUGUUGGAGAUAAAGCAGUAGAAUUUUUCUUCGCUUCUGAUGCAAGUGCUAUUAUUGAACACACCAACAGAGUAAUUUUCCUAGAAGAUGAUGACAUUGCAGCAGUGGCUGAUGGGAAACUUUCUAUUCAUCGGCUAAAACGUUCAGCUAGUGAUGACCCCUCUCGAGCUAUCCAGACCUUGCAGAUGGAAUUGCAGCAAAUCAUGAAAGGUAACUUCAGUGCAUUCAUGCAGAAGGAAAUCUUUGAACAACCGGAAUCUGUUGUCAAUACCAUGAGAGGCAGGGUGAAUUUUGAGACCAAAACAGUUCUGUUGGGUGGUCUGAAGGACCACUUGAAAGAAAUCAGAAGAUGCCGACGACUGAUCAUUAUUGGCUGUGGGACCAGCUAUCAUGCUGCAAUAGCUACCCGACAAGUGUUGGAAGAGUUGACAGAGCUUCCUGUGAUGGUGGAACUUGCUAGUGACUUUCUGGAUAGAAACACGCCUGUAUUCAGGGAUGAUGUGUGCUUUUUUAUAAGUCAGUCAGGUGAAACUGCAGAUACGCUUAUGGCCUUGCGGUAUUGUAAGGACCGUGGGGCUCUGACAGUUGGCAUUACAAACACCGUGGGAAGCUCAAUAUCCAGGGAGACUGACUGUGGUGUGCAUAUCAAUGCAGGCCCUGAAAUAGGAGUGGCAAGCACAAAGGCUUACACCAGCCAGUUCAUCUCUCUUGUAAUGUUUGGCCUCAUGAUGUCUGAAGACAGAAUUUCUUUGCAGAAUAGGAGACAGGAGAUCAUCAGUGGGCUGCAAAUGUUACCUGAGAUGAUUAAAGAAGUCUUGUCCUUGGAUGAGAAGAUACAUGACUUGGCCCUUGAACUGUACAAACAGAGAUCGCUCUUGGUUAUGGGUCGUGGCUAUAACUAUGCCACUUGCCUGGAAGGAGCAUUGAAAAUCAAGGAGAUCACGUACAUGCACUCCGAAGGUAUCCUGGCUGGUGAAUUAAAGCAUGGACCACUGGCUCUUAUAGAUAAACAUAUGCCUGUUAUUAUGGUAAUUAUGAAGGAUCCCUGCUUCACCAAGUGCCAGAAUGCACUGCAACAGGUCAUUGCUCGACAGGGUCGCCCAAUUAUUCUGUCUUCUAGAGAAGAUACUGAAAGUUCAAAAUUUGCAUACAAAACUAUUGAGUUGCCACACACAGUUGACUGUCUCCAAGGAGUCUUGAGUGUUAUUCCCCUACAGCUGCUUUCAUUCCACCUGGCUGUUCUUAGAGGAUAUGAUGUGGACUUUCCACGAAAUCUGGCCAAAUCUGUGACUGUGGAAUAAACAACCCACAACAGUGUGAUUUUUUUUCAACGAAGUUUUAAAAUUUUACUUCUGUUUUUAAUUAAUAGUUAUGACAUUAAGUGGAAUGAUACCAUAACUGGAACGUUUUGGGGACCAUUUUAAACUUGUUUUAAAUGCUGUUUUAAAAGCUUUUCUUGUGCCUUGUGCCCAAGUGCUUUUGCUUAUGGCAAAUGUUGUUCCUUUAAAUCCUAAAAAUUGCCAAAGAGGGGAGAGAGCAUUGUUUACACAGGUAUAAUGAAUGAACUUUUUUACUACUGUGCAAUAUAUAUAAUAUAUACAGCUCUGGUCAGAGUAACUGUGAACAUUUUUGGCCAACACUACUUAACUAGUUUUAAAGACAAAGUAUUUAUAAGUACAAUUGUAUAGCUUUUUAAAUUAUUUUUUUUAGUAUGUUGCUUAUCUAUAGCAUUGGUAAUGCCCAGAAUGUAAAUUCUGAGCAUGUAACUUUUUAUUAAUUUGUGUACAGAGUCACUUUUUAAAAAUUUUAUCUUUGAACUGGAAAUCGGUGGCCUUUGAGGGUUUCCCUUCCUCACCCUUUUUUCUCCUAGCUUUUCUAGACUUUCCACUGCACCUAAUAUUUCUUUGUUAAUCAUCUUUUUCCCCACCCCUCUUCUGUGGCUGAAAAUUCCCAAGCACACCUUCAGAUUUAUUUAACUAAAAGUUUAUCUAAAUCAGAUCAACAGUUUGAUUCAUGUGCAGUUCCGCCUUCAUAUCCAUGGAAUGUACUGUGCAACAAAAUAGGGGAACUGGAUGUUUUCAAGUGGGUUACAAUGCUUCUGUUAAAAGAUUGUACAAUCAAAUUCCUAUGCAAUUAAAGAAAAAAAUAAAGAAUGUAAACUC